AUGCCCGUAAGAGACACCGUCUUGACGUACCGCCUCCGACCACAGGCCCUCAGGGACUACUUGAGGCAAAUUUUCAACCAGGAGAUUCCAGUUUCUACGUCCGUUGAUGGCAGAUCAUUCUACCAUUUCAACGUACCACGCAAACUUCGCCCAGAUGAGAAGGAGUAUAUCUACAGGAAUCUCCGUUACAACGAAGAUGAAGAUCCUAUGUGGUAA